AUGGCUCGCUUAGAAGGGAUCGAUCCAGAUAAUUUCGUGCAGCUGGCUGAAAUCGAGAAAGACACGUUGUACUUCGCAGUAUUGGCCUCGCCGACCGGGAAACCUCCGCAAAGCCCUUCCAUCCAUUUCUUCAGCAUCGACGAUGAUUUCAUCUAUGAAAAUUUCUACGCGGAUUUCGGUCCGCUCAACCUCGGAAUGCUUUAUCGAUAUUGCUGCAUCGUCAUCAAGAAGCUCAAGAGCUGCGAGGCCAACGGCAAAAUUGUAGUUCAUUACUGCUCGAAUAAGGAACGCCGAAGAGCAAAUUCGGCGUUCCUGAUCGGAGCGUAUUCGAUUUUGUUCCUGGGACGGACAGCAGAACAAGCGUUCCGACCCCUGCACUUGUCGAGCCAUCAGCCGUUCCUAGCCUUCCGAGACGCGUCUCUGGGCCCAACGACCUACCAGCUCACGGUCCUGCAUUGUCUGAAAGCUAUCGAGAAAGCGGCCGAAGUUAAAUUCCUCGAUUUCGGACCAAACGGCUUCAACCUGCAGGAGUAUGAGCACUACGAGCAAGUCGAGAACGGAGACUUUAAUUGGAUCGUUCCGGGAAAGUUUCUCGCAUUCUGUGGGCCGCACUCUAAGUCCAAGAUCGAGAACGAUCAUAUGCAGCACGGACCUGAGACGUAUUUCAGCUACUUCAGACAACACAACGUUUCCACCAUUGUGCGGCUCAAUAAAAAGAACUACGACGCCUCGAAAUUCACGGAACAGGGUUUCAUUCACAAGGAUCUUUAUUUCGUAGACGGAACGACUCCGAGCGACGCCAUCAUGAGGGAAUUCCUCGAAAUUGCGGAAACCGCCCCGGGCGCUCUCGCUGUGCACUGCAAGGCUGGUCUAGGACGGACGGGCACCCUGAUCGCGUGUUAUAUCAUGAAGCACUUCAGGUUCAGCGCCGCCGAAGCCAUCGGAUGGAUCCGCAUAUGUCGUCCUGGAAGUGUCAUCGGACCCCAACAGCACUGGCUGGAAGAGAAACAAGCCUAUCUGUGGCUGCAGGGUGACAUCUACCGAAGCAAAGAACGCAAGCGACUCAACGCAAACACCAGUCAUGACAACAUCGAGUACAUAACGUGCUCUUCGCCCAGAAUCACCAACCAAGCUUACGCGGCCAAAACUCUUGCCAACAACAAUAACAAUGUCGCCAACAACUCAGCUGUGAAUAUCGACCACGAUCUCGUCGAUAGCAAGAGCGAUAACGAUAACAAUAAUGCUGUUACAACUCUCAACAAUGUUAUAAACAACGUCAACCAAGUAAACCGAAACGCACAAACUCUGCAACAACAGCAGCAACAAAAACAACAGCAGCUACAACAGUCUCAGUCACAGACCAGACCUGGAUCUACGCAAGAGAAGUCGUCUCCGAUCAUCACGAGAAGCCGCCGCGUGAUGCAAAAAUCUGAAUCGGUCUCAAUCGAGUCAGAUCGGCGUCUUGAGAAGAUCCUCUCGCAAGUCGAUCGCAUACAGCUGGAUUCGGAAAACAAUAAUAACGCCUCCAAUAUGACGACGGCGACGACAACUACUACGCUCGUCUCGGGCUCGGCGAGCAGCGGCGUCACAACAAGGUCGGCCAGUGUCCGCGAUAAAGAACGUUGCACGCAAGGCGACGAACUCAAUAAGAUCAAAGCUCAGCGCAAUCGGAGCUCGAGGAGUGUGACAGCUUCCGCAUCGAACCAUUCCGCCUCUCAGCGACAGUCGAGCUAUGACGACUGCGCCCUGCCUCACUACAUGUCACCUCUGAAGAGCAUGAAAUUCCAAAAGAUCGAUUCGAAUCGGAGACAGCUCGAAACUUCUUCGACUAUCACCGGCCAGCAGCGGCCGUCGCGAAGCGCUGAGAGACGUAAGCCCGACCGGAACGGGAACAACAGCGCCUCAACGGGCUCCGGCACUUCGACGCCUUUGCGGCGCCCCACGAAACCCGAAAGCUCCGGGAGUCGACCGACGAGCGGGAGCAAUGGGACUCCCAGACGCAAUACCUCACGCCUCAUGGCCCCGACGACGGCAUCCAUGAACCGGUGUCGCGCCACGGUCAUCACCAGAUCGCAAAGUCCGCAGCAGCAUCGCUUGAACGCGACAAACAACAGAGACAACAAGACGCUCGGAGGUUGA